AUGUGGGAUUUUGAGAAGAGAUUGUCUAAGGUUGAGGUUGCAUUGGGUGAAUUGCGAACGGGCCAAGAAGCAUUGUCUGCGAAGUUCACAGUUGAAGUAACUGAAAUUAAAAAGAUGCUAGAAAUGCUUUCAGAAAAUGUGUCUACAAUUGGGAGAGAACCACCUACAAAGGAGUAUGUCCACAAUGUGAACCAGGGAGUAUGCGAUGACAAUGAAAUUGAGGUUCAUGAUGAUAGCAACACCGAGGUUGUUGAUGGUUUGGUUCACCAUAUUACUGAUGUUAGUGAUGACGUAGGAAAUGCAAUAUGGAACUUCAUUUUUCAUGACGGACUUGAUGCAGCUGAGACGAUUGUUGAGUUUGGAAAAUUUGAUGCAACAAGAAUGACAAUGAAGUCAUUGGGACCUAGACAAUGGUUGUCGAGCGAGUUAAUCAAUGUCGCUGCAUGCAUUAUGCCACCCACAGAUAUGGGAAACAAUGAGACACAGAAUGCCAGGUGGUAUAUUCCGACUUGGUUUGCGGCAUCGUCGUCUAAUGUUAGAAAGGAUCAAGCAUUAAAGCUGGUUACCCAUCCACAGAAUAAAAAACGAGCAAAAAUAAUUGUCAAGUCAUUGAACCUCCGGGACAUAUAG